UCAGCCAGCCCUCUUUGUAGGAAGAGCUCGCCACAACACGGACAAACGACUCUGCCAAAAAGUUUCCUCUCCCAGAGUUUUGGUAAGGUUUUAUCGCUCCCGUCGUCGCUAUGUCUGAGCGCCGAAUCCCCUUCAGUUUCCUGCGAUCUCCCAGCUGGGAUCCUUUCCGGGAUUGGCACUAUCCCGGCCGGCUCUUUGACCAGCAUUUCGGGAUGCCGGCUAUGCACAUGGACUGGCCGACCCUCAGCGGCUCCUGGCCGGGCUACCUCAUCCCCUCGCUGGCCGCGACACAGUUAGGGGCAUCCUCAGCGACCACCGGCACAACAACGGCAGCAACGACAGCGGCAGCAGCGACAGCAGCCGCUGCAGACGUCGCUCAGGCUGCGCACACCAUCCCCGUUCAGCCCCUGACCCGCCAACAGAGCACCGGCUUGUCCGAGAUCAAGGUCACGUCUGACACGUGGAAAAUCAGCCUGGACGUCAGUCACUUCGCCCCGGAGGAAAUCACCAUCAAGACCAAAGACAACUACGUGGAGAUCAACGGCAAACACGAGGAGAGGCAGGACGAGCACGGUUUCAUCUCAAGGUGCUUCACUCGGAAAUAUCUCCUCCCCCCAAAUGUGGACACCGGCCUGAUCAACUCCUCGCUGUCGCCCAGCGGCGUGCUGGCAGUGGAGGCUCCGUUGCCCAAAGCAGCCAUCAAGUCAGCGGAGGUCACCAUCCCCAUCACCUAUGAGUCCAAAGCCCAGAUCGGAGUCCAGGACCCCAAGAAACCAGCGUAGAGGCUACGGUGACAGCCCACCACCAACCCCUCCCCCACCACCCAGACCUGGCACCCGCCCAGCAGCCGCCCGCCUGCCCAACCACCCUCCCGCCCGGCUCAGUGCCAAAAUAGGCAUCACCCAGUUCAUCCCCAUCGAUGGUGAAUUGGUUUCGUUAAGAGUGGUUUUUUUUUUAAAAAAAGAUAAAUUGUCUAGAACGUGUGGAUUGUAACUCAGCAAUAAAAUAUUUUAUAUACAUA